UUUAAUUGUUUUCCUUUCCCACAUUGGAAGUUUUGUACCCGCAGAUGCUGCUACUGUGGGUUUGACUGACAGGUUCGAUAUUUAUAUCCCUGGCCUUUAGGUAUCAUUAAUUUUUUUGGUACUGCAUUUUUUACAUAUUUUACUACGAGAACUUACCAGAAUUUCAAAAAAUAGGAUAUUUUGUGCCAUGGGAAGUAAAUUUAUGAAUGCUGAAUAGUCAACAUUUAUGAUUGAUCUACAUCAAGUUAGAAUGAUGCUAAGGUAUAGUUACACAGUUUUCUCUUGACCUACUAAUAAUGGACAUGGGAUUGGCAUCUACCCCUUGCAUCGUUGGUGUUUGGUUCUGGGGAUUAGUCCACUGAUUUUAUUUUUUGUUGGCUGUUGGCCCUUGUUAUUUUCUUGCUAUGGAUGUGAAAGAGUGCUGGAACCAUAGGGUAUACAACUUAGUCAUUUAUAUAUAUUGAUUCCAAGAACUUUCAUAGGCAUGCAACUUCACGAUCUUUAUGCUUCUUGGACGAAUUUGGUAAAGGCACUCUAACAGAAGGUUGGUUUUACCAAGAAUAAUUUCCAUCCUUUUGAUAUGUCAUGCAAUAAAUGUAAUUUUUUAGCUAUCAUACGCUGUUGUUAAAAUUCAUUUCAGAUGGCACUGUCUCCUUGGUGGAACUAUAAAUCAUUUUAUCACUUGUUAUGAUCCUCCAAAGGCUUGAUGCUCUCAAUUGCUAUCCAACCAGAGUUUCUAAUAAAUGCAAAUUCAUAUUAAGAGUGCAUUCCUGGAGGCCACCUCUAGGUUUGCUAGUCACAUUUGUUUUGAUAGGCAACUUGUGAUGGGAUAUGCUCUACUAAUUUGCAGGUUUUGGUUUGCACUCACUUGACCGAGAUGUUUAAUGAUAGUUGCAUACAAGAGGUAUAAACAAGACAUUGCAUUUUUUAAAACUUUAAGUAUUAACUAUUUCAACUGCGUGACACAUCUAUAUAUAUAUUAUUUGCAGUCUGAUAACAUUAAGUAUUACACCAUGAGUGUCCUACAACCUGAUGAUGGUACAGAUAUUGAAGAUAUUGUAUUUCUAUAUAGGCUUGUUCCUGGACAUGCACUUCUUAGCUAUGGGCUGCAUUGUGCACUACUUGCUGGUGUCCCAGAGGAAGUUAUAAAGAGAGCAGCGUCUUUACUGAAUGCUAUUGGAAAUAAUAAUCAUGUUGACCGACUGUGCAAUGAUAAAAUAUCAGCUCAAGAUCGACAAUACAAGGAUACAAUCGACAAAAUGUUAUCAUUUGAUGCUUGUAAUGGCGAUCUGAACCUCUUCUUCCAAGAUAUCUUUCCUUCUUAGAUUCAUGUUUUUCAGAACCAUUCACACACAGGUAAACUUCCUUUGGUAUCAAUAUUGAAGUACUACUGAAACCGAAGGUAAACAAAUGGGUAAUUUCUGCCAAUGCAAGCCAUUUUUCUCCUUUUGGUAUCAGAUUUCUAUUAAAUCUGAAUCAAACAAUUUUCGAACUUUUCUCAUUCUAAUGCAAGAAUGUGUAUUACAAUGAUAUUUCUCAAUAAUUUCCAUGCUUGAUUAGUUUGUGAAAAUUGAACAGUUGGAGGCAAAUAGAACUU